GAAGGCAGACGAUUUCACGAGAGCUCGCGCUGGGCCUUUGAUCUCUCUCCGCGACAACAGUCCCUUCGAAGCUGGAAUGAACUUGUGUAAUAAUUCAGCUGUAGACUCUACUGCAUUAUUAGCAAUUACAACAGGAUCAUACUUAUUUCUUACUAGUCACUUGGUUUACAGUUAGAUCUACUGUUUACUCUUAACUUAAAUGAACUCGCCUGGAAAUGACCUUUUUGUGCUGACCUUGCAGUGAUCGGGCAAUAUGGCGUCACAACGGUGUUCAUAAAUAUCAUCACAUAUGUUUACAGAUGCUGUGGUUUUCAAAGAAUUCCAUUUGAGGACAGAAAUCUUCUGGAAGUGUGUGACCCACAUCCAGGUUUUCCCAAUAGUUAUGAAUAUAGCCGAUUUGCUAACAAAAACUGUGAGGUUACCGGAAGACAGGGUCUUUUAAAAUUGGAAAAGAACUGGUGUGGUACAUUAUACGAGGAAACUGUGCAAAUUCAACAACUUUAACGCAAUAGCUUAUUUGGAGUGAACUGAGAAAAAUUUUACAACAUGGCCAGUGCAUUAUAUGAGGUGACAUUCUUAGUUCGUGUGGAUACUUUGCCAGGGGAGGUGGUCUGUGUGGUUGGCAACCAUCCUAGUCUUGGAGACUGGUCAGCAAGAAAAGCUAAAAGACUCAUGCUGCAAAGCAAGGGAGAAAGUGAUGUUUGGACAACCGCCAUAAAACUACCAGCUGACAUGCAGGUGAAUUAUCGUUACUUUUGCUGUCGAUAUUUUGACUCAGAAGAUGAUGGUGAAGCACCAAAUAUGAUAGUGACACGCUGGGAGACCAAUCUCAGGCCUAGGACAUUUGUGCCAAAAGCGUACUGUUUAAGUGCAGAUGAUUGUCAGACUUUAGUGGCAGAGUUUGGUCGCUAUGGGGGCAAGACCAGUAUAGACAAAGGCUGGUUGGUGGACCAGACUGAAGUACAGCUGUAUCUUCACACCAGUCCUAUCAAGUUUUGGAAGAAAAGGCAUCAAGACCAGACGUACCGUGUGAAGUGUACACCACUGGAUCUCAAACAGAAAGAGGCAUAUUUUCCUACUGACGAGGCUGAGGAAAGUUGUGAUUUCAAUAUUCCAGUGAGCAGUGUGCAAAUGGAGGUGGCUGUGCUCACUGGCAGGUUUGAGGGAGCAGACAUGAAACCUCAAGAUCAGUUUGGAAAUGUGUACAGGGAAGGGGACUUCUUAGUUUUCAAGGCACAGACAUUUGAAACAGAAUAUCUGGGUUUCUGUCUAGAUUUCUAUGUACAUGAGGAGAACCAAGGGCCAGGGGAUAUUCCCAAACAUGUGGGGUUUGCCCACAUUCUGCCAAAUAUCUUCCAAGAGACUAUUGGAUCCAAAACUGUGCCACUAAGUGGACUGAAACACAAACCUAUAGGACAAGUCUCAUAUUACACAUCAUGUUAUUCUCCACAGGUGCUCACUGGCAGGUUUGAGGGAGCAGACAUGAAACCUCAAGAUCAGUUUGGAAAUGUGUACAGGGAAGGGGACUUCUUAGUUUUCAAGGCACAGACAUUUGAAACAGAAUAUCUGGGUUUCUGUCUAGAUUUCUAUGUACAUGAGGAGAACCAAGGGCCAGGGGAUAUUCCCAAACAUGUGGGGUUUGCCCACAUUCUGCCAAAUAUCUUCCAAGAGACUAUUGGAUCCAAAACUGUGCCACUAAGUGGACUGAAACACAAACCUAUAGGACAAGUCUCAUUUCAGUUCCUGGUUAUCAAACCAUUAAAGGGCUAUGACAUGGACAUGUCAGUCUCAUAUUCUCGCCACUGGAAACAACAGCGCCGAGCUCUAGAUGUGGGCCAUCGUGGAAUGGGACCCUCUUACAGCAAACAGUACGUUGAAUCUUACAUGUCUGUCAGUUCUAUGUGGGGAAUGAGUUUCCUUAUAAAAGAAUUGAUAUGUGGAGCUGAUUUUGUGGAAUUUGAUGUUCAGCUUAGUAAAGAUCACGUGCCAGUGGUUUAUCAUGAUUUGAGAGUGUGUCUUACUCUAAAAAAGAAACAUGGUAAGGAGAUUGAUAUGUUUCAUAUUCCAGUGAGAGAGCUGACCCUGCAGCAGUUACAAAGUCUUAAACUUUCUCACCCUGCCGAAGUCAAGGAAGUACACUCAGAUCAUGAUAUGGAGACAGUGGACCCAUUAGAACACCAGCCCUUUCCAACUCUACAGCAGUUGUUUGAAACAUUGGACGAACACAUCGGGUUCAACAUUGAGGUGAAAUAUGCCAUGCAACUUAGGACUGGCACCUAUGAGGAAGACCAGGUUCACUAUACUGAGAGAAACCACUACAUUGACCACAUCCUGCAGUGUAUUCUGGACAAUGCUGGGUCUAGGAGGAUCAUACUGUCCUGCUUUGAUCCUAAUGUCUGCACUAUGUUGAGAAAAAAGCAAAACAAAUACCCAGUGCUGUUCUUGACUAUGGGAGAGACAGACUUAUGGGAACCGUAUGAUGAUAAGCGUACCCUUUCCAUUCCACAGGCAUCAGAGUUUGCUCUCUGUGAGGAAUUCUUGGGGGUAAAUGUUCACUCAGAAGAUCUCCUCAAGACUCCAAACCUUGUGAAUCAAGUGAAGGAAGCAGGCCUUGUCCUGUUCUGCUGGGGAGAAGAUAACAACAACUCUUCCAACAUAGCUUAUCUCAAGGAACUGGGAGUGAAUGGCCUGAUUUAUGACAGAAUAUCAGACUAUAAACCAACUAAAGAGAAUGUUUUCAAGAUGGAAAAAGAAGCCAAACUUAAACUGUUGAAAGAGAUGGGAGCAAUCAGAACAAGUCAUACGCUGUCAGGAAGUGAAUCGGGCUCCAGCUCUCCUGAACACAGCAGUAACAACUCACCCGCACAGACGGAACGUGAGAAGUUAACACGACUGUCCAGUUUGCAGGAAGUUGGCACAACACAUGACAGAGAAACACCCAGUCGUAGUUAUAGUAUCACCUCUCAGAGAAAUGUUUAGAAUGGUGUUAGUCCCCUAUUGAGAAUGUUAUUUGGAAUGGCAUUUUGUGACAUGUACCAAUAAGAUUACGUGUGGAAAGUUAUGACACAUUUUAGGUAAAUAUAUACUCCAAAGUAAUUCUAUAAGUCUCUAAAAUUAAGACUGCAAAAUGUGUAAUUGUUUCAAAUUGUCAAUCAAGUAUCCAGUUAGUUGACAUUUAGUGUCGCUGAACUUUGUUAAAAAGACAAAUAGUGUCACUUUUUUAGGAAUAUUUAGGGACACAGGAGUUCAAAAUGUCAGAGGAAAUUUUGAAAAAAAAAAUAGUACUUUUUAGUAAAAAGAUGCAUAAUUUUCUUGGUAAUGAGGUGUAUUAAGUCGGUUUGAUAUACUUUGUGUGUUAUUGAAAGCUGUAAAUAACUAAUGUUGCCAAGUUGCAUGUAAAGCUAUGGUAGGAGUCAGGUGGACAGAGGGACAAGUUUUACACUGUAGAGACAUGUAGUUUUAGUGAAUAUUUUAGUUCAUAGCUUUAGCUUCAUUUUAGUGUUUUUCACUUUUGGGGAUCAAACCUAGUCUGAGGGGUUUAUAAAAAAACAUAUAGCUUGUUACGGUAUGGUGUUUCUAUUCAUCUUGAGGAAGUUUGUCUAGGGAUUUUCUUGUAUGGUCAUUUUAUUUGCAUGUGAUUAUUACUUUAUGAUUUUUAAAUUUCUUAUAAAGAAUGUGAUUUGAAACGGGUAUACUUCAAUCAUUCAGAAGUUUUGAAUGAAUGUUUUUUUUUUUUUUCUUGCUCAAUACCAAACUGUAUUUUAAGAAGCUGAUAAGUUCAUUUUUCCUGGCUUUGUUGGAGGGCAUCAAGAAAAAUCUGUGGUGCUACAUUUGUCAAACAACGUAGGUUUUUUUAGCUGAGAAAGGUUGUGGUGCACUGCAAGUUUUCGACUUCAAAUUAAACACAGUAAGUGUGAUACUAAGCAAAAUGCUUUUCCUGUGGAAUGCUUAUAUAUCCCUUCUUACAAUGUAAGAAACAAAUUUUAUAAAGACAUUUUCUGAUUGAGGAAAGUGUUUUAUUAAGUUGAAUGGCAUGAACAUUGGUGAUAAUGCAUUUAAACCAAAAGAGAAUCAGUAACAAGUUUUAUGCUUUUAAGUAUUGAAAACAAAAGUCCAAAGACAAAUUGCUAAGGUGUGUGAUUGCAGAAGUAUUUUUUUUAUUUAUUUAUUUAAUUUUUUUUUUUUUUUUCAGAAUGAUUGAAAACUUAAUUUCCGGUUGAGAUAAAGAACUGCAUUGACGUCACAGUUACACUUAAUACAGUUCACAUUUUACAUCGAUCCAAAAGUAAAUGACUACACUGCAGCACAUAAAGCAAUCUUCCUUACAUUUAUAUGUAAGAUGCAUUUUAAUAUAACUUAAUGCCUUUUACAUAUACUUAUUCAGUAUUACAUAUACUUAUUCAGAAUUGUUUUUUUUCACACAGCAUGCAUGUACUGAAACUUACAAAAGUAGGUGUUAAAAGCAUAAUCUCAUGGCAGUGAAGGGCAACAAAAUGGUGCCUGUAUUUUUCACAGGUAGUAUGGUCAAAUAUUUUCCCAUUUUUUGUUGGUGUUUUAACCAACAUUAGAAAUCACUGAACGUGCAUAUCAUAUGUGUCAAAUGCUUGAGUAUGUAGGAUUCCAUUACACUGUAUAGAAUAAAUAUGCUUCACAAAGUAAAA